AUGACCGGCAACGACUCCCUGAUCCAACAAAGCAACUCGGAAACUCCACCAUCCUUACGAAUAAGCCAGCAGACACCUAGUAGCGCCGUGCUGGCCACUGGCUUUAUCGAGAUGAGCCAACAGGCACUUCACGGCACCGCGUGUAAAGGCUGCCGCCGAAGAGGCCGCAAAUGCGAUCGCACACUUCCUACCUGCCUGAGCUAUGUUGAUGAUCUUAGCACUAUCUUCUACCUCGGCGAUGGAUUAAGAGACAACCCAAUGUUCUGUUACGUACUUCCGCUGAUAAACAGCGUGCCCCCCAUACGAUUCGCGAUCGCCGCAUCAGCAUCAUGUCACAUGGCAGCCAAAAACUCGGAUGAGGCACUGGAGCAAAAGAGCUUGUAUCUGCGUGUCCGUGCGACGCAUUUCCUCAGGGAGAGGCUGAAAGACUCAAGCAUAGCAACGGACCAAGCCACUUUAGCCAGCAUACUCAUGUUAGCCCAGGUCGAUAUGUGCUCGGGCGACUGCUUCGAGUUUGAGACGCACCUAAAGGCGGCAGUUGCUAUCUUGCGUGGCCGGCACAACGAAGAGAGCGUGGACAGAUUCUAUUUCGAACAGCGGCUUGUUUGGCUUGACAUCAUUAGUUCAACGUCUUCCUCGCGAGCUCCCAAUUUUACGGCGAAAGAAGUUAACAUGGCUCUCCAUCGCCACUCGAAUGCGGAUGGUAGAGAAUGGAGCUAUGACGUCUUCCCAUGUCCAAUAGAUCUAUUUGAGAUGCUUGUGGAUAUCACCAUGCUGUACAAAUCACAUCAAAACAGAGAUUAUCCGACAGAGAAGGAGCUGAAACAUGUAGAUUACAUGAUGGGCCGUCUCAGAAAAUGGGAAUCCCGCCAAAGCUUAUUUGGAUCUCGGAAGCACAUGGUCGAAGCUUGGCGAUUUGGUAUCAUGGCGUAUCUGGCACAGCUCUUCCCAGCUUUUUCUACCAUAGAUCAAGGGUCACAUCUCACUAGCCAGGUCCUCCAUCACGCAAAACUCAUACCACCGGCCAGCUCCUGGAGUUACUCCUUGUUAUGGCCUAUUUUUCAAAUUGGGAUUGCCCUUGAGAGUGGACAGUCGCAGGAGAAAGACUGGAUAAGGUCACGAUUAAAACUAGCGUAUGAAGCUGUUGGAUGCCGCCAUUUCAGGAAUGCAGCUGAUACUCUGGAGCUGGUUUGGGAGCCACGUACCCAAGGUGGUUUCGUGGCAAAUGGCAUAUACGAGCGUACCAUAAUACUAGCAUAA